CGUAUACUUCUCUCCACCUCGAACAGUUGAUCUUGAUUCCUGACUAUGGUUUUCCAGGUUCAAUCUCAAGUAUGGGCACUUUUUUGUCUUCUUACCACCGCUUUCGCCGGUACGUUUGAUCCAGACUUUCAAGACGUCGAUCCGAAGCAGCCGGAAGUGGUGCGGGUCGGAAAAUCAGCCGUAGGCCAAUACAACAUGGACCAAAAAGCCGACUUGAAGUUCGAGACUCUGGUGAAGGCACAAUACAAAAAAUCGCCCUUCUUUGAGCAUUUUUGGAUUCUUGAGAUUCAAGCCCAAAAUGCGGCUGGUGAGACGCAUCGUUACGAGGCAAAACUCUACUCGCCAUUACGUCAAUAUGAGGCUGAAGUUACUUCCUUUACCCAAAUAGAUUAAUGUCAUACAUUAAUUUUGUGACUUCAUUUCAAUAGGUGUCAACUAUCAAAUGUUAUGAAAUGAUGCCUUAAUUUGAAGAUAAACAAUAACUGUCGAAAUGAAGUUUCUUUUUG